AUGGAUGAAAAAUUAACGAUUAACAAUUCUGUUCAUGAAAAUAAUGAGAAUGAAGAAUAUAAUGAGGAAGAAGAUGAAGAUUUUGUGCCAGACAAGGAAUUUAAGACGAUAUCUUAUGGACAUGAGGAGGAAGAAGUAGACGAUGAUAAGGGUGAAGAUAGCGAUGAUGGCGAAUCUAUAAAAUCUAGAAAUUAUUCUAAGAUUGAGAGUGAAGUCGGAGGAUUAAUUAAGACUCGUAGAGGCCAUCAAUUGGAGAGGGAACGUAUGGCUAAACAUAAAUAUGAUAAUAUUAUGGUAUCAUCAGAUUUGCACCUGUCUGACAAGAUCAUAGAUAUAUGGAGUGAGAUGCAGAAUGAAAGCACCAAGAGAUUAAUUGACUCAAAAAUGGCAAGACAAUCAGUUAUAUCUGUUGAACCAUUGCAUGAAGAUACGACAGAAAUGGGAGUGCUUGGUUUAGUUAAGGAGAAAGAAGGGGAAAUUUUAAUUGAAAGAAGUUACAAGUUUGCAGGAGAAAUAAUUCACGAGAAAAAAUGGGUACUUAAAUCAAGUGCAGAAGCUAAAGAAUAUUUAAAUAGUUUGAAAUUUAACCAUAAUGUCAAGGAUGUUGUAAGUGGGAGCACUAUUGGUAGAAGUACUAUUGAAAAUGAUGAAACAGAUGGAAAUUCUAAUAACGAUAAGAAAGAUUCAGAAAAAGAUGAAAUAAUCAAACACAAGGAAUUUCAAGAUGACAAUGGUGAUGGUGAUGGUGAUAAUAAGCCGAAAUUAAGAAGACCACUAAAGAGACCUCCGAUCUUAGAAGAUAUUAUAUCGGGGGCAUUGAAACCCAAAUUAAGUACCUUAGAAAAGUCAAAAUUAGAUUGGGUCCAAUAUGUUGAUAGAGAAGGUAUAGAAGAUGAAUUGCAAUAUAAUAAGAGAAGUGGUUAUUUAGCAAAACAAGAUUUCCUUUCACGUGUAGAAUCAAGACAAGAUGCACAAUAUAAAGAAUUCAGACGGAAGCAACUGGCAUUGAAGUUUCAGACUACACAACAUUAA